UACAGGAGCGAGGCCUUCUAAGGCGCGCCCCAUCGCGCAGUAAUUGCGGUCUGCGAUAGCUCCUUGGCAUAGGUUGCCCGCCCGCAAGCACGUUGAGGGUACGCGGCAGCAGCGCAACACAGCGACAUCGCUUCGUUUCCUUGCGCGUUCUCUACGCAUGCGCGUUCCCUUGGCAGCAGUAUCAUCAAUGAGGCGUAUUCAGCUUUCACCAUGAGUCCGUCAACAACUACACUGGUCCUGCUGCUGCUGGUCGCGGCGAGAAUUUCGUCAUCUGGCGCCGCACCAGCAGGAGAAGCGGCCUGGGAGCACGACGUUAGCCGCAGCGACGCAACCAGCACACUACAAAGCUGGUCAAACGUAGCCAACAGGUGCUUGUCGCUUAACACGUAUGCAGAUAGCUGCGACACGCGCACAGACGGCAGCGUGUAUUGCAAGACUUGCCUAACCUGGCGGCAUGAAGCUGGUGAAGCCGGGUGUCAGCGGGCCCUCGCGCGCGUUCUUCACGUCUGCGCCGCGGACCGCCUGAUGCAGUGGUACUCUGGGCCAGGGAAACGGUCCGUGGGUGGCAGCACGGAUGUGCACGUGCUACCCUGGGCGCAUGGGAAGACAGAGGUCUGCCAGUGGGCCAGGUGGAACACUUCCGAGCAAGACACGCGCGUCGUGUUCACCAUGCUGAGUAAGGGACUUGACUGCGCAGAAGAUGCCACUCCCAUCAGCGUUGACGGCGCCACGUUCGCAGCCUGUGGCCGGAGUGCCCGUGGCUGCCGCAAGUCGGGCGCAGCGCCCGGCGAGGUCUCCAUUACGCUGGGCGUGCGCCGCACGACAGGAGUCACGCCACUGCCGCUGCCCGCCACCGGCAACGGCGCAACCGAUGUGGCGGCCGAUGCCGCGGUGUUGCCAGCGCACGCACGUUCGCUCCUGUGGUAUCAGACCCAGCCCUGCACUAGCUCUGUCCUGUACAACAGCUCUGGCAGCCCUGUUACUUUCAUCGACGGCCCCGUGUAUGCGGGCGCUGACAAGCAGUUGGUCGGCACUGCGACGCUGUACCCGAAUACGCCGCCUGGGUUCCUCACUUUCACGCUGGCGCGGAUCUACAACAGCGACGUGUCCAACUCAUACUUUUGGGACAACAGCGACUUGCUGUGGCGGCUGUACCCCGACCUUGGGUCCCUGAACAACGCUAUUGAUGGCCCCGCUUGUUCGCGCCCUAACCAGCUGGGAAGAAACUUCAACCAUGUCUCCAUGGACGGCAACAUCGGCAUCAUUAGUUUCGUCAUUCCAAACUCCAACUUGUCUCUCACAGAAGGCAGCUGCGACCGCAAGCGCUUUUUCAUCAUGAUCAAGGCCGGCGUUGCGGGCGAGACCGCGUUUCUAUCCUGGAGGUACAUGACCAAGAACAUCAACGAGUUCCCCGAGCUGUGCACAUCGGUGUCAAACUCCUGGUUUGGCCUGGGCGACUUCUACGUGGGUUGUCAGCCAUGCGCGACCCCGCCCUCCCCGCCGCUGCCUCCUAGGCCGCCGAGCCCAUCGCCGCCCAGCCCAUCGCCACCCUCCCCUUCGCCAACCACAGUAUCGAGCCCGUCGCCGCCCAGCCCCGCGCCACCCAUCCCCGCGCCGCCCAGCCCUCGCCCGCCUAGCCCUGCGCCGCCCAGCCCGCGCCCGCCUAGCCCUGCGCCUCCCAGCCCUGCGCCUCCCAGCCCUGCGCCGCCCAGCCCGCGCCCGCCUAGCCCUGCCCCUCCCAGCCCCGCCCCACCCAGCCCUUCGCCGGCCAGCCCAUCUCCGCCCAGCCCGGCGCCGACCAGCACUCUGCCCCCAAGCCCAGCUCCGCCCAGCCCCGCACCCAGGCCGCCAGAGCCCCCGUGUGCCCCUUGCCCUGACACCGCCCUUUACGCCAACGCGACAAGUAGCAAAGUGUCCUUUAUCACCGGCCCCGUGUAUGCGGGCGCAGACAAGCAGCUUGUCGGCAUUGCGACACUGUACGUAAACACGCCGGUCGCCGGAUCCCUCACAGUCACGCUGGUGCGGACUUCCAACAACGGCUUCAACUCGCCCUUCUGGUCCACGGAUGAUGCGCUGUGGCAGCUUUACACCGACACUGGGUCACUCGGCUCCGCCAUUGAUGCCCCCGGCUGUUCCCGGCCCAACCAGCUGGGCAGGGACUUCAACCACGUCCCGUUAAAUGGCAAUGUCGGGCUCUUCAGUUUCGUCAUUCCAUACACCAGCUUGGGCCUGACGCCUGAAAGCUGCGAGCGCAAGCGCUUUUUCAUCAUCGUCAAAUCCGGCGUCGAGGGCGACACUGCGUUUCUAUCCUGGAGGUACAUGACCAAGAACAUUAACGAGUUCCCCGAGCUGUGCACAUCGGUGUCAAACUCCUGGUUCGGCCUUGGCGACUUCUAUUUGUCAUGUAAACCUUGCACUCCACCAUCUCCGCCCUCACCACCGUCAACAGUCGCCUUGAGCCCGCCAUCGCCCGCACCGCCGAGUCCCCCAGCGCCUCCGUCGCCCGCGCCUCCUUCGCCUGCGCCACCUACCCCGGCCCCGCCCAGCCCCGCGCCGCCUUCGCCUGCGCCUCCGUCGCCCGCGCCUCCCAGCCCCGCUCCCCCGACCCCGACCCUGCGCCCGCCCAGCCCGGCGCCUCCGUCGCCCGCGCCUCCGUCGCCUGCUCCUCCGUCACCAACGCCUCCCAGCCCUGCGCCGCCGUCGCCUGCGCCUCCCUCGCCCGCUCCUCCUUCACCUGCCCCGCCCAGCCCCGCGCCGCCCCCGCCAUGCGACGAUUGCCCGUCGCUGUUCAUCUCUGAGUUCCACUAUGACCAGAACCCCAGGGGCGGCAACAGCGACAAGCGGGAGUGGAUUGAGAUUAUUGUGCCUGCCGGCUUCGACUGGAGGCAAGACCUGUGGCUGGCGCAGUACACGUUCAACGGCAACCCGCAGACCGCCAGCGGCAGCCUGCACGGCAACGUGUUCCCGUUCACGUCACCCCAGAUCACCGUCAUUAGCGAGACUCGGCUGCAGACGCCCAACUUCGACUGGACGGCGCUGGUGAUUGACCUGCAGGGCAACCUGCAGAACAGCAAUGGCGGCUGGGACGGCUUUGCGCUGCUGACCAAGUGCACGGACGGCGUGCGCUGGUCGGUGGCGGACUUCAUCUGCUACGGCGCCAACUCGCAGGGCUUCAACAGCAUCGCCGCGAACGGCCCCGCGGCCGGCUACAGCUGCACCAACGUUGGCGCCGGCGUGAUUGAGAACAACAACACGCCUCAGGGCACCUCCAUCCAGCGUCUCAACACCGGCGACUGGAGCACCGUGGCCACGUGGAACUGGCAGGCCAACCUACCGCAGACCUGGGGCAGCCUGUUCAACCCCAGCAUCGCCCUGGGCACCAUCCCGCAAGUUGAGGCUUGCGGCGUGCCUCCCGCCGCGAAGCCUCCCUCGCCCGCUCCUCCCAGCCCUGCCCCGCCGUCACCUGCGCCUCCAAGCCCUGCUCCUCCCUCUCCCAAGCCUCCCAGCCCCGCGCCCCCGACCCCGACCCUGAGCCCGCCCAGCCCCGCGCCUCCGUCGCCCGCGCCUCCUUCGCCUGCUCCUCCGUCACCAACGCCUCCCAGCCCUGUGCCGCCGUCUCCUGCGCCUCCCUCGCCCGCUCCUCCUUCACCUGCCCCGCCCAGCCCCGCGCCGCCACCGCCAUGCGACGAUUGCCCGUCGCUGUUCAUCUCUGAGUUCCACUAUGACCAGGACCCCAGGGGCGGCAACAGCGACAAGCGGGAGUGGAUUGAGAUCAUCGUGCCUGCCGGCUUCGACUGGAGGCAAGACCUGUGGCUGGCGCAGUACACGUUCAAUGGCAACCCGCAGACCGCCAGCGGCAGCCUGCACGGCAACGUGUUCCCGUUCACGUCACCCCAGAUCACCGUCAUUAGCGAGACUCGGCUGCAGACGCCCAACUUCGACUGGACGGCGCUGGUGAUUGACCUGCAGGGCAACCUGCAGAACAGCAAUGGCGGCUGGGACGGCUUUGCGCUGCUGACCAAGUGCACGGACGGCGUGCGCUGGUCUGUGGCGGACUUCAUCUGCUACGGCGCCAACUCGCAGGGCUUCAACAGCAUCGCCGCGAACGGCCCCGCGGCCGGCUACAGCUGCACCAACGUUGGCGCCGGCGUGAUUGAGAACAACAACACGCCUCAGGGCACCUCCAUCCAGCGUCUCACCACCGGCGACUGGACCACCGUGGCCACGUGGAACUGGCAGGCCAACCUACCGCAGACCUGGGGCAGCCUGUUCAACCCCAGCGUGCCCCUGGGCGACAUCCCGCAGGUUGAGGCCUGCGGCGUGCCGCCCGCCGCAAAGCCUCCCUCGCCCGCUCCUCCCAGUCCGGUUCCUCCUAGCCCUGCCCCGCCGUCGCCUGCGCCUCCCUCGCCCGCUCCGCCCACCCCGAAGCCGCCGAGCCCGGCGCCUCCAAGCCCUGCUCCUCCCUCUCCCAAGCCUCCCAGCCCCGCACCCCCGACACCGACCCUGCGCCCGCCCAGCCCAGCGCCUCCGUCGCCCGCGCCUCCUUCGCCUGCGCCACCUACCCCGGCCCCGCCCAGCCCCGCGCCGCCUUCGCCUGCGCCUCCGUCGCCCGCGCCUCCCAGCCCCGCUCCCCCGACCCCGACCCUGCGCCCGCCCAGCCCGGCGCCUCCGUCGCCCGCGCCUCCGUCGCCCGCGCCUCCGUCACCAACGCCUCCCAGCCCUGCGCCGCCGUCGCCUGCGCCUCCCUCGCCCGCUCCUCCUUCACCUGCCCCGCCCAGCCCCGCGCCGCCCCCGCCAUGCGACGAUUGCCCGUCGCUGUUCAUCUCUGAGUUCCACUAUGACCAGAACCCCAGGGGCGGCAACAGCGACAAGCGGGAGUGGAUUGAGAUCAUUGUGCCUGCCGGCUUCGACUGGAGGCAAGACCUGUGGCUGGCGCAGUACACGUUCAACGGCAACCCGCAGACCGCCAGCGGCAGCCUGCACGGCAACGUGUUCCCGUUCACGUCACCCCAGAUCACCGUCAUUAGCGAGACUCGGCUGCAGACGCCCAACUUCGACUGGACGGCGCUGGUGAUUGACCUGCAGGGCAACCUGCAGAACAGCAAUGGCGGCUGGGACGGCUUUGCGCUGCUGACCAAGUGCACGGACGGCGUGCGCUGGUCUGUGGCGGACUUCAUCUGCUACGGCGCCAACUCGCAGGGCUUCAACAGCAUCGCCGCGAACGGCCCCGCGGCCGGCCACAGCUGCACCAACGUUGGCGCCGGCGUGAUUGAGAACAACAACACGCCUCAGGGCACCUCCAUCCAGCGUCUCAACAUCGGCGACUGGAGCACCGUGGCCACGUGGAACUGGCAGGCCAACCUACCGCAGACCUGGGGCAGCCUGUUCAACCCCAGCGUGCCCCUGGGCGACAUCCCGCAGGUUGAGGCCUGCGGCGUGCCGCCCGCCGCGAAGCCUCCCUCGCCCGCUCCUCCCAGUCCGGUCCCUCCUAGCCCUGCCCCGCCGUCGCCUGCGCCUCCCUCGCCCGCUCCUCCCAGCCCGGAGCCGCCCAGCCCGGCGCCUCCCAGCCCUGCUCCUCCCUCCCCCGAGCCUCCCAGCCCCGCGCCCCCGACCCCUGAGCUGAGCCCGCCCAGCCCGGAGCCUCCGUCGCCCGCGCCUCCUUCGCCUGCGCCUCCUAGCCCGGCGCCGCCCAGCCCGGAGCCGCCCAGCCCUGCUCCUCCUAGCCCGGCCCCGCCGUCGCCAGCGCCGCCGUCGCCUGCGCCUCCCUCGCCCGCUCCUCCCAGCCCGGAGCCGCCCAGCCCGGCGCCUCCCAGCCCUGCUCCUCCCUCCCCCGAGCCGCCCAGCCCCGCGCCCCCGACCCCUGAGCUGAGCCCGCCCAGCCCGGAGCCUCCGUCGCCCGCGCCUCCUUCGCCUGCGCCUCCUAGCCCGGCGCCGCCCAGCCCGGAGCCGCCCAGCCCUGCUCCUCCUAGCCCGGCCCCGCCGUCGCCAGCGCCGCCGUCGCCUGCGCCUCCCUCGCCCGCUCCUCCCAGCCCGGAGCCGCCCAGCCCGGCGCCUCCCAGCCCUGCUCCUCCCUCCCCCGAGCCGCCCAGCCCCGCGCCCCCGACCCCUGAGCUGAGCCCGCCCAGCCCGGAGCCUCCGUCGCCCGCGCCUCCUUCGCCUGCGCCUCCUAGCCCGGCGCCGCCCAGCCCGGAGCCGCCCAGCCCUGCUCCUCCUAGCCCGGCCCCGCCGUCGCCAGCGCCGCCGUCGCCUGCGCCUCCCUCGCCCGCUCCUCCCAGCCCGGAGCCGCCCAGCCCGGCGCCUCCCAGCCCUGCUCCUCCCUCCCCCGAGCCGCCCAGCCCCGCGCCCCCGACCCCUGAGCUGAGCCCGCCCAGCCCGGAGCCUCCGUCGCCCGCGCCUCCUUCGCCUGCGCCUCCUAGCCCGGCGCCGCCCAGCCCGGAGCCGCCCAGCCCUGCUCCUCCUAGCCCGGCCCCGCCGUCGCCAGCGCCGCCGUCGCCUGCGCCUCCCUCGCCUGCUCCUCCUAGCCCUGCCCCGCCGUCGCCUGCGCCUCCCAGCCCUGCUCCUCCCUCCCCCGACCCCACGCCCCCGACCCCUGAGCUGAGCCCGCCCAGCCCGGAGCCUCCGUCGCCCGCGCCUCCUUCGCCUGCGCCUCCUAGCCCGGAGCCGCCCAGCCCGGAGCCGCCCAGCCCUGCUCCUCCCUCGCCCGAGCCUCCCAGCCCCGCGCCCCCGACCCCUGAGCUGAGCCCGCCCAGCCCGGAGCCUCCGUCGCCCGCGCCUCCUUCGCCUGCGCCUCCUAGCCCGGAGCCGCCCAGCCCGGAGCCGCCCAGCCCUGCUCCUCCCUCGCCCGAGCCUCCCAGCCCCGCGCCCCCGACCCCUGAGCUGAGCCCGCCCAGCCCGGAGCCUCCGUCGCCCGCGCCUCCUUCGCCUGCGCCUCCUAGCCCGGAGCCGCCCAGCCCGGAGCCGCCCAGCCCUGCUCCACCCUCGCCCGAGCCUCCCAGCCCCGCGCCCCCGACCCCUGAGCUGAGCCCGCCCAGCCCGGAGCCUCCGUCGCCCGCGCCUCCUUCGCCUGCGCCUCCUAGCCCGGAGCCGCCCAGCCCGGAGCCGCCCAGCCCUGCUCCUCCCUCGCCCGAGCCUCCCAGCCCCGCGCCCCCGACCCCUGAGCUGAGCCCGCCCAGCCCGGAGCCUCCGUCGCCCGCGCCUCCUUCGCCUGCGCCUCCUAGCCCGGAGCCGCCCAGCCCGGAGCCGCCCAGCCCUGCUCCUCCCUCGCCCGAGCCUCCCAGCCCCGCGCCCCCGACCCCUGAGCUGAGCCCGCCCAGCCCGGAGCCUCCGUUGCCCGCGCCUCCUUCGCCUGCGCCUCCUCGCCCGGAGCCGCCCAGCCCGGAGCCGCCCAGCCCUGCUCCACCCUCGCCCGAGCCUCCCAGCCCCGCGCCCCCGACCCCUGAGCUGAGCCCGCCCAGCCCGGAGCCUCCGUCGCCCGCGCCUCCUUCGCCUGCGCCUCCUAGCCCGGAGCCGCCCAGCCCGGCGCCUCCCAGCCCUGCUCCACCCUCGCCCGAGCCUCCCAGCCCCGCGCCCCCGACCCCUGAGCUGAGCCCGCCCAGCCCGGAGCCUCCGUCGCCCGCGCCUCCUUCGCCUGCGCCUCCUAGCCCGGAGCCGCCCAGCCCGGAGCCGCCCAGCCCUGCUCCACCCUCGCCCGUGCCCCCCAGCCCCGCGCCCCCGACCCCUGAGCUGAGCCCGCCCAGCCCGGAGCCUCCGUCGCCCGCGCCUCCUUCGCCUGCGCCUCCUAGCCCGGCGCCGCCCAGCCCUGCUCCUCCCUCGCCCGAGCCCCCCGCAUCGCCCCCCAUCGUUCCUGGGGAGGUGCCAAAGCUCCAAUUUGACGGUGCCGUCUGUGGAGCAACCGGGGAGACCAUCGCUGACAGCAUUGGCCAGCUCUCAGCCGAUCAGGGUACUGCUCUCAAGGAGUCGUUUCAGUUGAGGACUUGCAGUGUUGGCAACCUGUCUGCGGUUCCUCCCGAGUUUCCGUACAUGACCGUGUGCGGUAUAUUCGGAUCCCUCUCAGAUGCUGCGUCAAUCCAAGCUGGAAUCCAGGCGCUUAUGCCUACGUGGGUAUCCAAGCUUGCUGCGGAACUGAUGAACGCUUUCAACGGCGGCGGAUCUGCUGGCCAUCGGCACCGGCAACUGCUGGAGCUGCCCAACAUGCUGACUCAGCAGCAGUUGCAGCACCAUAGCCGGUCGCUGCUGCAGUCAAUCCUGUGCACGGAGACGCUGAUCGGCUACGGAUUCUCAGCGACGUUGGAGCCCGAGCCUGGCAACCCCCAGUGCCUGGUGGCAAACUACAACGAGACCUGCCCCUAUUUCCCGCCCUCGCCGCCGCAACCACCCCCUGGACCGCCACAGCUGCCGCCGUCGCCUGCGCCACAGCCGCCAGUCGCACCGCCACAGCCGCCACCGCUUCCGGCGCCGCCCAGCCCCACGCCUGAGCCCUGCCGCCUGUGCCUCACCCUUGUCCUGCUGCCCGGCCCCACCUUUGUCGGGCCCCUGACCUUCACAGACGACGACAUGCGGUCCUACGGCGAACAGUUUGCGACGUUCUUUAACCAGGAAGUUCUGGCAGGUCUGCCCUCGCCCGGCAACGUUUUCGAGGUUCCCAUCUCUGCCUACAACGCGACCUGGAUUCCGGGGACGGGCGUGACGCCCUUCUCCACCGUCUGUGGGAACUUCACAACAGACGGCAUUAACGCCCUUGCGGGAUUGGACGACGUUGUGUGGAGCCAGUGGUUCAACAUUUUGUACCAGGGGGAUAACUGCCCAGCCGACUUGGCUGGCAUCUCGUCCGCCAUCCAGUUUGCCGGCACGCCGCAAACCUGCUUCUUGCAUACAGACAUCGUCAGGGAUGCCUGCGCCCCCGAAGUCCCACCCUCUCCCGAGCCGCCCAGCCCCGGGCCGCCUGCCGGUCCACCGCUGCCGCCUUUUUCCUCAAUCUCGCCGCCGCCGCCUCCCCCGCCGCCGGAGAACCCGCCGCCAUCGCCGGACCCGCCGCCGCCGCCCAGCCGCCGCCGCCCCACCUCCCCGCCGGAGAACUCCCGUGCCUGCGGGGAUCAGGCCACUUGCAUGGACACCAACAUCGACAGCUCGCAGUGCCAGUACCGGGCCACUUGCAUGGACACCAACAUCGACAGCUCGCAGUGCCAGUACCGGGUUCAGGGCAAUCAGUUGUUCCUCUACUGCCCCGUCACCUUCACGUACCCGCGCCCAGGCAGCAUCUGCGCCCUGCUCAACAUGCCGCCGCCGGCACCGCCGCCCGCACGCGGCGGAGGCGGUGGCAGUGGUGGAGACAAAAGCAGCCCGUACAUCUGCUCCUCGGACAAGCUGGGCACGGUGGUGGAGGGCUCGGGCGGUGUGCCCGUGCCCGGCGGCAUCAACCAGCAGCCGUGGCAGCCCGGCAACACCACGGUCUACACGCAAUGGGUGCGCUGGGCGGAGGCUGACAUGCAGCCGCGCACGGUGGAGUUCAGCGUCCGCUCCGGCUCCAAGGCCUGCAGCCUGGGAAGCCGCGGCACAGCCAUCACUGUGAACGGCAUGGCUGCCACGUGCGGCGGUCCGCGCUUCCUGGACCCCGCCGGGACGGUUGCGGCGGGCUGCCAAGCCAACGACGGCACCAUCUUCAACGAGUGCCUGUGGAGCGUCAACGUGCCACGCCCGGGUGGAGAAGGCUGGAACGGUGACGUGUGCGUGGAGAACAACGUGCCGCCGGCGGCGCCGCCCAGCCCCAACCCCACCCUGGCCACCCCUCCCAGCCCGCCCAGCCCAAGACCGCCGCGGCCCGGCGGCAAUCCCAACAUCAAUGCGCCGCCGCUGCCUCCGAUCAACGACUGCCUGUUGUCAGGUGUGAGCAGCAGCAAGACGCCUGGCGGCACCGAGUGCGUGAACCAGGCCAACUGCCUCGACGUCUACUACGACUCCGCCAAGUGCGAGUGGCGCGCCAGCUCCGACGGCAACCUUUACCUCUACUGUCCGGUGUGCUUGCGCUACCCACGCGACAGCAGCAUGUGCCCCCUCACGUCCUCCAUUGAGUACCUGUGCGCGGGUGACGAGGUCAGCACCGUACUGAGCGGCGACACAGGAGAGCCGGUCCCUGGCGGCAUUGCCACGCUGCCUGGCUGGGCCCCCUAUUCAAACUACUGCCAGUGGGUGCGCUGGCAGCAGGAUGACUUCGCGCAGCAGCCCAUUUACUACAGCAUCAAAGACGGCGACGGCGCCUGCGUGCGCCGCGCUGGCAACAGCGUCAACGUCACCAUCCAGGGCCUGGACGCAAUGUGCACGGCCCCGCGGCAGAACGCUUUCGGCAAGCCCGCUGGUUGCCAGGGCAACGACAACAUUGACAACGAGUGCCUGUGGCAAUUCCUGGUGCCGCGGCCCGGCGGACCUGGCUGGGAAGGCCAGGUGUGCACCUCCCCUCCGCCACCCUCCGCCCCGGCCCCCAACACGCCAAGCCGGCAGCGCCCACCGCGCCCGCCGGCCAAGCCUGGCAAGCGCGCGCCCAACGUGCCGCCGGCACCUGCGCCGCCGCCGCCCCGCCGCAACAUCCCCUUCCCCUUCUGCGCGUGCAAGAAGCGCAACGUCAAGAACACGCCGUACCGGCUCACCUACGCCUCCAGCAACCCCAUGUCACCGCUGCCCGGCGGCAUUCCUCGGAUUAAGCAUUGCUUCGAGAUCGACACGGUGGAUUGCGACCCCAGCACCUCGUGCUGCGGGAUGGGCAUGAAGAAGAUAGAGAUGUUUGUCAGAAACGAGUGUCGCCAGUCAGUGAAGCUAGCGCUGCUUGGCGACCAGAGCCAAAGCCAGAGUAUCAGCUGGUCCUUCACUCAGGAUACGCACGAUGGCUCCACCUACACCACCUUCAAGUUCCCCAACCUCCACCUCAGUCGGGACGAGAUUCGUAACGCCACCAGCCUUUGCAUCGUCCUCUCCGACAGCUGCGCCAAGCUAGAGAACUUCUGUUACGACGGCAAAGACAACCAGUGCCGCGUAACGUUCUUCAGCGAGGAUGAAAGCUGCUGCCCUACCGGCCUGACAAGUGUGGGCAACCAAGCCACUGCUCCUGAGGUGGAGGUAGACAACUCACCGCCGGAGGCAGUGGUCACCGGGGACCUAGGUCGCCAUCGGAGCUCCUUCCGGAGAUAGUCGUCAGCAUGAGAGUCCGGAGAUAGUCGUCAGCAUGAGAGUCCGGAGAUAGUCGUCAGCAUGAGAGUCCGGAGAUAGUCGUCAGCAGUAGAGUGUCAGCAGUCCGACAGCCAGCAGGCAGCCGGAACGGAAGGCUGCGGCUGUGAGACAGGAUUUGCUUGUUAGUUCGUUUGUUAGAGUGUAUCACAUGGCAGAGUUGCAUGUGUACGGUAGUAUGAGACGCAUUCCAAUCACCCCGAACAAACACUUUCGUACCUGCAUGCCCGCGCGGUGAGAAGGUACGGCGCAUCGCCACGUUUACGAGUGGGUCUUCCGAGUUAGGCAACAUGCGUCCCCACGCACGCACAUAUCCGCAACCAACUAUUCCUUCGCCAACUGAAGUUGGCCGUGUGGCACUAAAUCGCUUUCAUAAGUGGAUUUGAGGACCAGGCUUGUAUCAACCACAGCGUGUCCAAAGCUGCAGGAUGGAUGGGUGGAUGGGACACUCGACAUGGAUAAUGAAUGAGUCGGGGCAGGAUUUGGACCCCCGUUUGCGUGGUCACACGCGUUCUUCUAAUUUUUUGGCAGGCUGCUUUUCUUUGUGUGUGCUCUUGACUCGCACGUGCCUCGCGGACAUACUCGCCAGUAGUACUUGUAUGGAUGGCAAUAUGGGCCACGCCCCACCACGCCCACCUAUGUGUGGCCCAUACACUCGGUAGUGGCGUACAUUCACGUGAGCCAACGCACACGCACUGCGCCCUUUAAAUUGCAGCAGAGAGGAAUUUGGUACCGCUAACUUAACCUAAACGUGUAUUGCCAGCAGGAUUAGGCGCGUAUUUGCUUUGAUGGGUACUCAAGUCCGUGUGCGCUGUAGUGUGUGCUGUUUUAGUGAGCAUGAGCAUGAGCAUUUACAUGGGUUCGAGUCCAUGUGGCCCCACUAAGUCCUUUGAGUCCGAGGGCGCGUUAGGUGUGUGCUGUUUUAGUGUGUACCGUACUGUUGUAAUGACGCAAUUCU